CAAAUCUUAUGGAUAAGCAUGAAGAAGAACACCACAGACCCGAAAUGCCAAAAGGACUUGUCAUAAAGCGCAAUGCGAACCAGCGCUAUGCUACAAGCGGAGUCACAUCAUUUCUUUUCAGAGAAAUAGGCAGAAUUCAUAACUUACCAACGCCAGGAUUUUGUAGUGAGAAAUGCUACGGGUUGUGGAUCUACCAUUGGUCCAAUACUUGGUUCUGGAGCUUCCAUCCGUACUGUGGAUUGUGGUAUCCCUCAACUUUCUAUGCGCAGGCAAGUUGUUUUUGGUGGCAUAACAGAAAUUUGCGGGAAGGAAGAUGUAGUAGACACAGCUUACAAGUGUAUUUCAAGGCCUUUUAUGAAACGUUUUCGAGCAUUGACAGAAGAGCUGAAGCUGGAUGUUUGAUUGGAGGGAAAGGGAAAGGGAAACAACACAACAAAAGGUAUUUACUACCCAUUUAUGCGUUCUCCUAACAUUUACAUUCGAAAACAAACAUAAAAUGCUACACAUUUUUUAAACUAAGGAAAAAA